GUCGCAUUCAAAAGAUCUCAGUUACAAGACACUCACUCAGAAAGAGAAUAUGGCUACUGAUCCAGCCGUCGCAAUGGCUGACCCGGACCUCGACCUCGAUGACGAGCCAUACGACUCCGCCGAAGACGAGGACUUCUCUCUUGACCAAGCAGCAAACGAUGACGAAGACGCGGAGCUCUCAUCCUCGGACGAGGAGACCGAGUCAGCCGAGCCAGCAGCGAAGAGGAGAAAGACAAAGAAGGAUACAAAAGUCUCGGCAGCGCUGGGAAUCGAGGAGUUGGACUCGGGAGAUGAGGCUACGAUCCGUAAGGUCAAGGAGAGGAAACAGAAGCAGGGAGAAAAGAAAUCUUCUUCUGAUGAGGACGAUGUCGACUUUGAUGACGAUGAGGAGGGCGGGGAGGGUGGAUUUGUGAAGACGCGGGCUAUGAAAAUGCGGAUACAGGAAGAGCGAAAACCGCUUGCGAAGAUAGACGGUGCUACGAUCGAUGUUGAUGCCCUAUGGGCCCAGAUGAACGCCGCGGACUCAAUCAUAGGACCACAAGCAGCAGAGCGAAUCGAGGCAUCGAAGACGAAUGACGAGAAGAACGAAGACACUGAAAUGCGCGAUUCAGAAAGCAGCACGCAGAUGGCGCAGGAAAAGCGGCCACACACUCAACAGCCAGAUGAAAUGAUCAAAAUCAAACGCACGUACAAGUUCGCCGGCGAAAUGAUAACAGAAGAGAAAAUCGUUCCUCGCGACUCCGCCGAAGCAAAGCUCUUCCUCUCCGGCGAACAGGAUGGCGAAGUUACAGCGGCAACAGAAGGCGACAUGGCAAACGGAAGCAUAACUGUGAAAAUUCGCCGGCCUCUGCGCAGAGUCUCCCGCUUCGACCCCAACCCAACCGGAGCAAUCAAGAAAAGCUGGGAGAAGCAGCCUGUCACAGAAACUGGUCAGGAAGAGAACGCACGCGGUCCGAAGAUCAACACCGUCGAGAAGUCGCGACUGGAUUGGGCUGCAUAUGUGGACCGUGCUGGUAUCAGUGACGAACUUAGGGUCCAUAGUAAGGCGAAGGAAGGUUUCCUUGGUCGCAUGGACUUCUUGGAUCGUGUUGAUGCUAAGAGGGAGGAGGAGAGGAGGAACGCCCGGCUCCAAGGCAUAUAAUUGACGGAGCCUCUUCGUCUCUUGGCGCUUCCAUGGUAUACCGGGACUAUAUGAAGCGAAGAUCGCAAAGCCUCGUACGAAAUUCCUGGAAGUGUUUACUCCACCCACUCGCUACCUUGGUCCAGGUCUGAGUAAUAUAGAACCGCAACGGACCAGGACUCAACGCCGCCCAAGCGGCCAAAACCGCGGAGCACCUGCACUCACGCGGCCACGAUCUAAGCGAGCCCACCUCAUAAGGACUUCCAACCGAAAGCCCAUAGAAGGCCACGCCCAUUCGUGGAGUCACGCUGAAUACGGAAGAGGGGAAACAGCCACGCCAGUCAAUAAUAACAACACCGUUACCAAUAACACGCGGGCAGGUCGCCACGCGUCUAUCGAAGUACGGAUACGGAUACUACUGUCAUGUAUUGACUCCACACCGAACAGACGAGGCCUGCGUAGGUCCUGUCAUAGUGGAUUUUCGGUACAAACUCAGACGGACAGGCUCUAGCCCUGUCACGCUUCAUUUAUAUAUUACAUUAUGUUUACAGAUGGGUCGAACAGAAUCCCGACAUCACCGCGACACAAGCAGGCGAGCUUCUUAACCGCGGUUAGGGCAUGUGGACUCCAGGCCGUUGGACUUGGGCAUAUAUUUGAUGCCAGUUUCAGGGCAGUUUGACUGCGUGACUGCAGCGCGAAUCGCGUUAGUUGCACCAUAGUCUUAAGUCAGGAAAUAUGAACUUACGCUUCUCAGAAGGCUCGUACUGG